AAUAAAAAAAAAACCUUGUAAAGGAUAAGGUUAUAAAAAUAUGCAUUAUUAAUAUAACAUUCUAUUAUUUUGCGUGUUGAAAUUAAAGUGCCACUAUGAAAACGGAAGGCUUAGAAAGGAAAGGUGUGGAAAAGUUGUGGUGUGGAACCAACAUCAACGAAAACGAUUCUGUCUCGGAAAACAUGAUAACAGUGCAUGAUAAAAGCAUAAGCUUAGUAAUAAAAUCCAGUGCAGGUCGCAGCGAUACAAGUGAUGAAGAUGGGAUACCCGUAGUACGAGUGAAAAGGCGUGUUAAGCAAUUUUCUGAUAGUGGUAGUGAUAUCGACAAGGAGAUUUUGCAUAAAGGUAGCCAAAAUGCAGAUUCAAGUUCUGAUAGCGAAAAUGGAGUUUACAAGCUUACAAAUAAGCAGGCCAAGAAAAAUUCAGAUUCAAAUUCAUUUAAUUCAAAAGAAAUAAAAUCACUGAAAAAUGAUCAGCAACAACUGAGUAUGAAAAAUAAAAGAAAUAAACUGAGAGAAAAGUUUAAGAAUUUAGUCCAAACAAAAGGAAAAGUAAAACAGCAGAAUAUCUGUGAGAGUGAGAAAGACAGUAAGAAAACAUCAGAAGAUUCUGAAGAUGAUGCUGCCUCUGUGGAUAAUAUUAAACAAAAAAUCAAAGAGAAACUUAAAAUUGAACCAUCACACUUUAAACUGUCUGUUUGUGAUCCUGACACAUCCUCAGAUGAAGAAGAGAAAGAACUGGAGAAUAUUAAGCUGAAACUUUCAAAACAAAAUAAAAAAAGUAAAUGUACACAACCAACAUCACCUAAGCCUAUGAGAAUGACAGCUAAAAUAGCAAUGGAAAAUAUGCAAAAGAUAAAGAGUGAAUCUAAUAGAAUGCUUAGAGAAAAACAAGUGUCAUUACCAUACCACAGACCAAAAGCUUUGUCUUUAAAAGAUAUAAUGAGUAGAAGAAAACCAGCAUUAUCUGCUGAUGGAAAAGCAUUACCAAUAAAAAUGAAUGAAGAACAAUUAAAGCAAUAUGCCCAACAGCUCAACGAGAGGCAAAAAGAAAUGAUGGAGUUGUGUAAAAGUGAUACUGAAGAUGAAAAUGACAGUGAUAAUACAAAGACUAAUAAUGAAAAUAAUGAGGUUGAAGAAUCUGUGAACACUGCUAAUCUGUCUGUAGAUAAACUCUAUACUGAAAAAGAUAAUGUAAUAAAUGAAAAUGUGCAAAAUGAAUUAAAUCUUGAUCAAAAUGAGGACAUCGCAGAUUUAAUUCACAAAGAGAACGAUUUGAAUUAUAAUGAAGAGAAAAUAUUAUAUGAAAAGGAUAAGAGUAUUACAAAACAAAAUCAUCAAAUUGAGAUUACUGAAGCUCUCACAGAAGACUUUGUUUUUACAACAAGAGAUGAUCAGAUAAAUACAUUAAAUAAUGUAAUUUACAAUAAUUUUGAUAACUCAACUGGCAGUAGUAAUAUUAAUGCACAAACUCAAAGAGAUAGCGAAAUAUCCUUACAUUUUGACUCUGAAACUUACACAGAUAAUAAAUUAAAAAGCGGUGAAAACUGUAAUAACAAAGAGACGACUCUUGAUGAAACUGAAAAUUAUGAUUUGUUUGAUGACUAUUCCGAUCAACAUAUGAAUAUGAUUAAUAUUGAGAACAUUGUAAAUAAUGUGGAAAUAAAUAAGGCAAAGGAUCAAACCUUAAAUAUCAAACCUAAACUGAUUGGUGCUCCUGGAAUGGUUAUUGAUUUGAAUGAUGGUGAUCCUACAAUACCAAAGAAACUAUCUGGUGUUGAACUACUGAAGGAAAGAUUUACUUAUUUUGCCAAAUUAAAAACUCCAGAGGAGGCGGAAAGAGAGAGGGAGAACAGAUUAAAGCCAGGAGCACUUUUAUUGAAACUAAAACAAGAGCUGGAAGAAGAAAUUGCUGAAAAACGAUCUUUGGAAUGGGCGAGACGAUUAGAAGAAGAAAAAAAACAAGAAUUGGAGCUAAAAGCUAUUAGAGGGGAAACUUCAGAAGCUGAAGACGAAAUUGAAAAACUUGAUCGAUUAGAAGAAAACCUCGAAAAAGAAUCUUCUGGAGAAUCAGAAGAAGAUUUAAUAGAAGAUGACAUAGAUAUGGUGGAUAAAUCUCCAAAUAAAAAUGCUUUUAUUACUGAUGAGGCUGAGGAAUCCGAAUGUGACGACGAUGUAGCUGAUGAUCAGGUAGAUAACCCAUUAGAUAGUGACAAUAAUGAAAAACAAAUUGAAGACGAGGCCGGAGAUAGUGAAAUUAAUGAAGAUGAUGAAACUAGUGAAUCAUCUGAAGAAGAACACACUACUGUCGGGAAAAAGGGUAGAAUAUUAAAAGCAUUUGAAGAUUCUGAUGAUGAAGAACGUAAUGAUGACCUUAAUCUAGAAAGUAACAAUAUGUUAAAAGUUACAAGCCAGUUCAAAGCAAACAUAGAAAAUAGCAUUGAUAGAUCAAUUGAAACUGAAGAAAGGUCGGUUGAAAAAGAGAAAAAUCAAACAAUUAGCGAUUCUCAAGAUGACAUUAUUCAACUGGCUCAAGCACAUAAAUCUGUAUCAGAUGAACUAUUCACAAGUCUGGAAAGUGUUUUAGUAGUUUCUGAUAAAAAUAUCAAAGAAGAUGAGAGUGACUGUCACACACAAACAUUUUCAAUAUUGAAAUCUAUUAACGGAAUUGAAAAUGAAUUGGGUACAGAGGAUAGCGAAACACCAUCACUUAAUAGCCUCAAAGAAUCCGAUACUAAAGGAUGGAAAGAAUGUUUGGGUCCAUCUAAAUUACUAAACACACAAAAUUCUCAAGCGUCAACCUCACAGCCAAUCGGCGAAGAUAUUUUAGCCCUUUGCACCGGCCAGUUCUACGAAAAUGAAUUCAUUUCCCAAAUUAAUGAAGAAGAUAAAAAUAAACUUCAUUUUAUUAAUGAGGAAUUUGCAGACAAGAAUGAUAUGAAUAUGUCAUCAGGUCAAGAAAAAAACAGUGCUGAAGAUUUAACGCAAACAGUUAAUAAUUCUGAUGCUAUUAACACUGUAAAGCCCAAAGACGAUGGAAUACUUCUACAAUCAAUACUUGAUGAAUUACAUGAUCCCGAAUUUGAUACCCCAAAACAAAAUAAAUAUUUUUGUGGGAGCUUAGAUUCGAAUAUUAAAAAGAAAUUCAUCAUUGAUUCGGACGAUGAAGAAAAUAAAACUGAAGCCAAAGUUGGUAAAAAUCAUAAAAAGAAGAAACGCGAAAAGCGAGCUUUGCAGAUUUCAGAUGACGAAGAUGAAGACGAAGAAUUAGAAGAAACGGAAGAAUAUCAAUCGGAAAUCGACGAUAAUAAUGAUGAUGAUGCUGACAGAAAUGAUAAAAUAGUAGAAUAUGAUUCUGAGGAAAAUGAGGUGGAAGUCAAAGUUCAAUACACUAAGAAAAAACGUACAACGACAGAGUUUUUCGAGAAUGAAGCAGAAUUGACUUCAGAAGAUGAGUGGAUUGGUUCCGGCGAUGAAGACGAGGCUGGUCUCGACCGUAUGGAACGAGAAGAAGGAGAUGAUGAGACAUUUAAUCAGAGGAAACUGCAAAGGGAACUUGGACAGAUACACAUGCGCGACGUAAUGGAUCAAGACAAACGAGAAGUGCGUAUUAUUCAAGAACUGCUGUUCGAAGACGGUGAUCUCGGAGAUGGGCAUCGUCAGCGGAAAUUCAGAUGGAGAAAUAAUGAGGACGAUGAACAAAUGGGUACAAUUGUGGGUGAUUACACUGAUACGCAAGAAGAAGACUUUGAAUCUGAAGAACAAUGGAGAAAACAGAGGCACGAGAGGGAGAUAUUUUUAAAACAGAUGCAAAGCAAAGAUGACAAUGAAGACUGCAACAUAAGUAUAGAUCGGACAACUAUAAUUAAAGCUAAUUUAUGUUCGAAGACAAUGUCGACAUUGCUUCAAGAAAUGAAAAAGACUGACACACGAAAGACUGAAGACCAAGAAAAAUAUAUUAGCGCGGAAAAGAAAUCGACAAGAGAUAUACCUAGUCCAAAGAAGGCUUAUUCUAUAUUCCAGCAAAACUACCAUGGUUCACUACUAACACGUGGUAACGGUGCUCUAGCCCGUUUAGCGGCGCUUGCAACUCCAUUGGCGAUCAAUGACGAUUCUCCUAAAGUUGGCUCUUUAGUUCCUACCAACAGAAGAAACUUCGUCUUUUCCUCCGUUACACCUGAUAAAGAACCAAAGGGAAUGAAAAGAAAGGCGGAUAGUAAACCUGACACGCCUCGACUUAUGAAGAAACUGAAAGCGACAGACAAGCAAACGCUUUCCAAGAAUAGUUUGUUAGACCAUUUGAAGGUGAGCUGGUGUGGAUCUGUCGAAAUGGCAAAAGAGAAUACUGUAAUCGGCGAUAUUGUUAAGAAAAGCAAAGUUUUGCUUCUUGAUAUUGAAGGAACUACAACAUCGAUCAGCUUUGUUAAGGACAAACUAUUUCCUUAUGCUGAAGAAAAUGUGAAAGAUUUUCUUGAUGCCCAGUGGGAUGAGGAGGAUGUCAAAGAAGCAGUGAACGCUUUGAGGAAGCUUGCUAUCGAGGAUCAGGAGAAGAGUGUUGAAGGACUGGUUACCAUUCCCGGAGAGGAUGCUUCUAAAGAGGAUCAAAUCGAGGGUCUGGUUAAGAAUGUCAAAUGGCAGAUGUCGUCAGACCGUAAAGUUGCCCCCCUGAAGCAACUCCAGGGGCUUAUCUGGAAAAAAGGUUAUGAUAAGGGAGACAUCAAGGGACACGUGUACGACGAUGUGCUACCGGCUCUUGAACAAUGGCGUUCAGUAGAGGGUCAGAAGAUUUACAUUUACUCCUCUGGAUCCGUCCAAGCCCAGAAACUUCUUUUUGGUCAGUCAUCUGCUGGGGACCUACUUCCUUUCAUCGAUGGCCAUUUCGACACUGCUGUAGGUGCUAAACAGGAAGCUACCAGUUACACUGCUAUUGUCGAGAAAAUAGGUUGCAAACCUGAGGAAAUCUUGUUUUUAACUGAUAUUGAAAAAGAAGCAGAAGCAGCUCGGACUAGCGGAGUGAACGUGGCCCUAGUGAGCCGCGAAGGGAACGCUCCGUUGGCCGAGGGAGCAGCGGCAGCCUACCCUGUACUACACAGCUUCACUCAGCUCACCGUUACUAACAAACGCAAGCCCGACACUCAGGAAGAAAUACCUGCCAAAAUACCCAAGACUGAUGUUAAUGACGAUUGUAAAACAAAUUCUGAAGAGUUAAUAGUAGAAACUACUGCCAAGGAUGCUACUGUGGAAAAAGCGGCGGAAGAGCCAGAAAAAAUGGAAGUUGAAGAAUCUGUUGCAGUACCAGCAAAUGACUCGACAAAAACAAAGGGAACAAAUGAUUGCAUAGAAACAAUUGUUGAAGAGGUAACAGAAACAGAAAUUGCUGAGGCCACAGCUAUUGAUAUAGAACCAGUAGUCAUUGAAGAAAUAGUGGACAAAGCUGAAGAGAAAACAAAGACUGAAGAAAUGGAAGAGGAUCCCAUUCCAGAUGUAAAGUCUCUAGAGCUCCCUAUAGAGAAAGUUUGUACAGAAGCUGCAUCUGUUCCAGAGAAAACUACACCUGCAACUAUUACUGAAAUCGAAGAGGUAUUAGAUGAUAAACAAAACUUAACUGAAGUAGCUGAUGUCAUUGAGGACAUUGAACCUAUCGUCGAGGAACCGGAAACAGUUGAAGACAUUGAAGAACUAAAAAAUGUUGGAGAAGUUUUAGAUAAGGAAUGUGAUGAAAUUUUAUCUAAAGUACAGGAUGUUACUAAUCUCGACAGCAUUCCUGUGAAACCGUUACUUAACUCAAUUCCUGAGGAGACAAUGGACACGGAAAAUAUCGAUUCUAAUAAUAUUAUUGAAAAAAUACUUGAGGCAGAAAUGGAACUAGGUGUGCAAGAUGGUGCGAAAGGAGAGAGUGAAACUGUAGAUGGAGCGGCUAGUUCGAAAAUCUCGACAGCAGAAAAUUGCGAAAAUGAACAACUUAUUGUGUCAGACCCCAAGAGUAAUGAAAAGGAUGUUAGUGAAAAAACAGUACCCUUAGAAAAUACAGAAAGUAGUCCUAUUGAGAAAACUGAUGACCGCAAAGCAGAACCGUCUGAAGAACUAGCCAUUGAAAGCCAAAAUAAAGAAGAAGAAAUUAAAAUGAAAACAGAGGAGAAUAUAAAGGAAGAGACUGUUGAAAGAACAGAAGUAGUUGAUAACCAGGAACAGAACAAAGUCGAGGAAGACGAACAGUCCGCAGACAAUGACAAAAAAAUAGGCGAACACAGAAAAGAAAUUAUCGAAAGUGUGCCACAAAUCGAAAAGGAAACAACAAAACUGGAUACAAACGAAAGAAGUGCGGCUUCUGAAAGUAAAGAAGUAGAAGAAACGAAAAUGGAACAAGAGCUAGUGACAGAUAAAAAUAUACCAGAAGCGACCAAUACAAACAAUGUUCAAGCAAUUUGUGCCAAUGAAACAGAAGCUACUGAUACGACAGUGGAAAAAGUAGACGAAGUUAAAGUAGAAAGUGAUAAUGACCCACAAGUUAACGGAAACUCUGCGAAUGGUAAUGAUAAAGUAAACUUAAACGGUGAUUCGGCUAAAGAUGAGGAAUUAAAUGCACGACUGUCCGCUGAAAACGGUAAAGAAGUGAAUGGUGCCAAUGGCGAUGUGGCUGAGCAAGUAAAUACCGACAAAAAAUCAGAGACUGAAAUCUCUGAAAUUAAAGUAAAGACAGUCGCAGCUGAAGAAUCUUGCAAUGAUCCAAUAGAGCAACCGUCGGUAGCAUAAGAUGACUUUUACAUAGCGAGAACAGCAGGGCGUCGCAACAUUGUUGGUUCACCUUGGAAGAGUGACAAGACUGAGGUUGCUUCCGCGCUAAUCGACAACACUUCCUAGUUUAUAUGUGUAUUGAAAUUUCAAUGUGUGCCGUGGGCAGUGACAGAUAGUGUGCACUCACAAUUUCCAUUCUCUAUUUAAAAAUUCUUAGUACUAUUACCUUGAUAAUACUCGUAAUAAUGUCUAUCAAUCAUUUUAGCAUGCCUAACAUAAGUCUGCAUAUUUUCAUGAGUGUCUGUUAGAUAAUUUUCUGGCGUGAGCUGGACCUUUGCGCUUUUCUUACUAGUCGGCAGAUUACAAGAAUUUUGACGAAACUUUUAAAUAUUUUGAUUUGACUAGCACAUACUCCUGUGUGCCUCCAGUGUUGAUCUUUAAUGUUCAGUAGAGUCGUUGUAAAUAACAUACUCAUAAUCCAUUUAUGGAAUACGGCAAAUGAUUACCACUAAAAUGAAUGUAUGCGACUAAAGUGAAAUAUAUCAAUCAGUAUUUAGGUUACAUUUUAAAAAAUUAAUAUCUCAUAGAAUGGAUGUGCGAAAAGUUUGCUGUUUAUGGAAAAACUGAAUUGUCUAAAAUAUAUUUGAUGUCGUU